AUGCAAACUCGACGAACAGGUUCAACAGAUUUAAUCCCUAUUGAUCUUGAGAUCGAGGCUACUGUACGUAAGCAAGGAAGUAAAAGGAGAAGGAAUAAGAACAAGCAACAGGAAAUAAUGGCUGAACCACCGACUGCUAAACCUCUUUGGCAGUAUGGUGUACCGGAUGCAGCUACUAGUGUGAUGUCUAGCAUUCUUAGACUUGCAGUUACUGCAACACACUUCGAACUGAAACCUCAUGAUGAUGCAAUUAGACUUCGCCUUUUUCCUUUUUCUCUGAGGGAUAGGGCAAAGGAGUGGCUAAAAGAUGAAGGCAUUGGUACUUUUGAUUCAUGGGACAAGCUAGUAAAGGCAUUUUUUGUCAAGUUCUUGGGUCAAGAGAAAACUGCAAGGCUAAGGACCGAGUUGAGCACUCUUUGUCAACUUGAUGAUGAGUCAUUGUAUGAGUAUUCAAGAAGGUUCAAGCAUCUGCAAAGAAAGUGCCUUCAUCAUGGAAUUCAAGAGUGGCUAUUGAUUCAGACCUUCUACAAUGGGUUGACGCAUGAGUACAGGAUUUACAUUGACGCUGCAUCGGGUAGUAAUUUUAUUGAAAAGGUCCCUACUAAGGCUAAGGCAUUGCUUGAGAAGAUGGCUGCUAAUGACAACUUUCAUUCAGGUGGGAGAAAUAGUGCAAAGAAAAGGGGUAAACAUGACGUUGAUGCAAUGACUCUCUUGAUUAGUACUAUGCAGGCUUUAUCACUUAAGGUUGAUCAACUUCGAGAAGGGCCAUCCGUGGUAGCAUCUUGUGAGACAUGUGGAGUACAGGGACGUAUUACAAGUGAGUGUCAAUAUGUUGAGAUGUUAAUGGAGCAAGAUAAUGCUCUCUAUAAUAACAACCAGCAAAGGAGACCCUAUGAUCCCUACUCCAACACUUACAAUGAAGCUCAACAAAUUCAAGCUCAAACUAAGCUCAUGGAGAAUCAGAUAAGCCAACUUGCUCAACAAGUGGGUCAAUCUUCAAAGGUUCCGGGUCAUUUUCUUGGUAACACUGAGCAACCACCUAAGGGUCAAAUUAAUGUUGUAACUUUGAGGAAUGGUAGAGAGCUAAAAGACCUUCCACCGAAGGUAGCUCAAAAGAAAGCAAUUGCAGUAGAGGAAGAGAUGGCAAAGCUAGAAAUGAAGUAUGGGAAAUUCCUAGACAUCCUAAAGAAGUUACAGAUCAACAUCCUAUUCUUAGAUGCAAUCUCAGAGAUGCCCUCCUAUGCUAAAUUCCUGAAGGACAUGCUCUCUAACAAGAGGGAAAUUAAAGAGAAUGCAAUUGUCUCACUGACAGCUGAAUGCAGUGCUAUAUUGCAGAACAAGCUUCCAAAGAAGUUAGGAGAUCCAAUGAGCUAUUCCAUUCUAGUCAAGCUAGGUGACAUCGAAAUAAAGAAGGCUUUAUUUGAUCUAGGGGCAAGUGUCAGUCUUAUGCCCCUAUCAAUUUGUAAGAAACUUCAGAUGGGUGAAUUAAAACCCACGCGCAUCUCCCUACAGUUAGCAGACAGAUCAGUGAAAUUCCCUUUGGGUAUUCUUAAGGAUGUGCCACUUAGAGUUAGGAAAUUAUUCAUCCCUUGUGAUUUUGUGGUUAUGGAGAUGGAAGAAGAUGCGCAAGUCCCAAUCAUUCUAGGGAGACCUUUCUUGGCCACUGUUGGGGCCACUAUUGACAUGAAGAAUGGGAAAAUCACCUUUGAAGUGGGUGAUGAGAAGGUGGAGUAUUCACUCACAAGUUCAAUGGGUUCUCCUUCUAAGGAGGAAACAAUCUAUAGGGUGGAUGCUCUAGAUGAAGCAGUGGAAGCUAAGGCCGUGGAUUUACAACUCGAUGAUUCAUUGCAGAUGAUCUUAAUGAGGAGUGCAGAUGAAGAGGAUUAG